AUGCAGGGUUACGAAAUCGUCUACCACAUGGUUGAUUAUUUGCGCGAUGUCACAUACGAUGUCGAGAUCGGGAACACGAUCGCACGGCGUCAUAAUGCCACCUUCAACCGUAUGAUGUACAUGUUUCCAGAAAAGUGUAUAGAUUAUUACUACAGUCCGAUGUACGAGGGUGAGGGUCAAUACGUUCCACUGCCGGAUAAGAGCGAGUUGUGCUUCAUUGUGCCAAAAAGUGCACCGAAGUCUGUAUUUUUAGUCUUACUCGAUCCCUACGAUCGGUUCAGUUGGAUAGCGUUUGGAUUGACCGUAAUUGCAAUAUCGCUGGUGUUGUUCUGGUUGGCUGAGUCUGCGCGAUACACAAGCAUCAUGUUAAUUGUUUUGGAGAUGCUAAUGAUUGUACUGCACGGACCAACACAUCAGUUGAUUGAUCGAUUUGAACGGUUCGUAGUAGGACUGUUUAUGCUGUUGAGCAUAGUGGUACUGUCCGGCUAUCAGUCUCUGGUGAUUUCGUUCAUGUCAUCGCCUCGCUAUAACCCGCAGCUGGACACAUUCGAUGCUAUUAAUGACACCUGUUUGUUCAUGUAUGAUGUAAAGUUGAGCAGUUUGGGAUUUAAGUUCAAAAACGUUCACCGUACUUAUGAGGUGUUUGAUUCAACCGAGUUGAUGUGGCAGAUGAAGUGGUGUUCGCUGGUAACCUGUACCGAGGCGGCAUACAUAAUGGCACAUGUUGGUGAUGUGGACGAACCCGCAAAAAUUGACCCGGGAGAGAUCGCGCUAUACAAUGAGGAGGAAUGGAAGCAACUCAAAAAUCAGUUGAAGUACUUUCGCUACUCGAAAGCCCGUAUUCAAUCGAUGACGGCUAUGUAUCUUGUCACCCAAGAUUCUCCCGCGCGUCAUCAUCUGGCACGAUACGCGCAGGCGUUUAUCGAAGGACGGUUAGAGUAUUUUCCCGUGCUGAAGAAAAGCAAACCUAAGCCACGAAUAAUUUCGGAAGAUACAAUAGCCACGAUUAGUGUGCGGCAGAUGGACAUGAAAGCUUUGCUGAUCGCUUGGAUACUGUAUUGUGGUGGAAUAAUGCUGAGCACGGUGAGUUUUUUGGCAGAACAUGCGCUAGUUUGUAUGAGGAAAAUCAAACGUUUUCUGCUUAAAAGAUACAUCAAACGAAGGAAGUGUAAUAAAACAUUAACUCUCGAGGAGUGUGGUGAAGACGUGGAUAGUGUUACUGUUCGCAAACAGCAUAGCAAGCGGUCGGAUUGUGUGCGGACCGACGCGUUCCUGGCCGGAUUGCAGCAGCGGGCGACGGCCGGUCCCGGCGUCGGCAUCCGGGCCCUGGCGCGAGACGUUGGCGUGGCCCCGAGCACCGUCAAGGUGGCGUUAAAUGAGGACCUGCGGUACGCGUCGUACAAGCGACACCAGAAGCACAACGUGCAGAACAACCGCUGGCUCGCUUACUGUGCUGCUGAUGUGCCCCGUGUGCCGCAGACGAAGUUUCCUCAGCCGGUGAUGGUGUUCAGGUGCGUCUCGUCGGAGGGAGACGUGAUGCCGCCUCACAUCUUCCCCCAGGGCCUGCGGCUGAAUGCUGACGGGUACAUUGACCUGCUGGCCACCGUGGUGAAGCCGUGGAUUGAGACGGUGGCCAAUGGGCUGCCGUACGUUCGGCAGCAGGAUUCUGCACCAUGCCAUACGGCCGUAAAAACACGCCAAUUGCUACUGCCAAUUUCGACCGAUUCACCACCACCGACGUUUGGCCACCCAGCUCGCCUGACCUUAAAUCUAUGGAUUAUUUUGUGUUGA